AUAUUAAAAAUCUUUCACAAAACUUUACAUGGUAUCAGAGCAAAACUCAUGGCUUUCGAUGAUCCGCCAAAUUCAAUCAACAGGAGUGGAAACCAAACUGCUGAUUUUUCAUCCAUUGAUCAGUACAAUAAUCCCUUUUAUCUUCACCCGUCAGAUAAUCCUGGCAAUAUUUUAGUGUCUACUCCUCUUACCGGUGACAAUUAUGCUACAUGGCGUCGUGCUGUUAUCAUUGCACUCACUGCAAAAAAAAAAUUAAGUUUUGUUGAUGGGAGUUUGCCGCAGCCAGCAAGUGAUUCUCCUAAUCUUCAAUCAUGGACUCGUUGCAACACCAUGGUAAUCUCUUGGUUGCUCAAUUCAAUCUCUAAAGAAAUUUGUGAAAGUAUCAUCUAUGCAGAUCUUGCCAAUACAAUAUGGCAAGAGCUUGAAGAACGCUUUUCACAAGGAAAUGCUGUGAAAGUUUAUGAGUUACGACAAGCCAUCGUAAUGAAUUCCCAAGAACAACAAUCUGUUGUUGUUUAUUAUAAUAAACUCAAAGCACUGUGGGAUGAGUUAUCUUUUUAUGUUGUUUUACCAACAUGCACAUGUGGAGCUAUGAAGGAAUUCUCUAACAUCCAGCAACAAGAGAAACUGAUGCAAUUUUUAAUGGGGCUUAAUGAUUCUUAUGGUUCUGUUAGGUCACAAAUCCUAUUAAAGGAUCCUCUUCCAGCAGUUAACAAGGCUUAUUCUCUGAUGUUACGAGAAGAAAAACAACGUGACAUUCUUUCUAAAUCAUCACAAAAUGGCAAUUUUGCUACAUCUACUUUUUACUCACAAAAGGUGCGUGAUAAUCCAUCUUCAAAUGGUCAACGUACCAAUUAUAAUUCUAAGCCCAAGAGAGGUAGGCCAUAUUGUGAUCAUUGUCAAAAAUUGGGACAUACAAAAGACCGCUGCUAUGUUCUACAUGGAUUCCCUAGCACUCCGCGUGCUAAUCAUGUUCAGGCUACUCCGCUUGUUGAUUCUCCUACAAUAGCACCACCACUCACUCUAGAGCAAUAUAAUCAACUGGUUUCAUUGCUUGGAUCUAAUUCUAAUCCUUUACAGUUAGGGAAUUCAUCUACUUCAGCUUCUGCCAACUUUGCAGCUAAUUUGGUCGGUAAGCAUUUUUUUGAUUCUCACACAUGGAUUAUUGAUACAGGAGCCACAAACCAUAUGACUUGUUCUGUUAAUAACCUUUCAAAUCCUAUAUCUACACCUUAUCUUUCUCCUGUGACUCUACCUACAGGACCUAUCAACUUGGAGGACAAUUGGAGUGGCGAAGCGUGAAGGGGAGUUGUAUCUAUUUCGGUCAAAUUCUUUUGCCUUGAAUGUUCAAAUUCCUUCUACCUUUGAUAUUUGGCAUUUUCGUUUAGGACAUUUGUCCCAUCAGAGAUUGAAUUUUCUUUCUCAAUUCAAUAAAGAAAUUGUUAUUAA